AUGGUUACUGCCCUGAACCGUUUCAUCCGACGAUCGAGUGAUCUCUGCCGUCCGUUUUUUCGAGCAAUCACCACUAGCCGACGCAGAUUCGUAUGGACCGAAGAGUGCGAGCAGGCUUUGCAAUCUUUAAAGCAAUACCUGUCCCACGCUCCUUUGCUCGUCAAGCCCCUACCUGAUGAAGAUCUAUAUCUUUACCUUGCUAUUUCUGAUCAUGCUACGAGCGCGGUUCUUGUUCGGAAAGAGGGGAUGGAGCACCAACCAAUCUUCUAUUCUAGGAAAACGAUGACGGAUUCUCAGAUGAGGUAUCUGCCUAUGGAGACAUUGGCAUUGGCUCUCGUUUCGGCUAAAACGAGCCUCUUACCUUACUUUCAAUCCCAUAGGAUUGUGUUUGAACCUCGGACGGCUAUCAAGGGUCAGGCUUUGGCUGACUUCUUUGCCGAACUCACUCCUGGAUUGCAAGACGAAGCCAAUGCCUUGGCUACCGCCGCUGAAGAAGCUCGGAUUCAAGAAGAAGAGGUUUUGGAAGGACCAUGUAACCGUCCCGUGGAGCCCCUCCGCGCUCGCGGGACCGUGCAUGAAAGCGUUGUCUCGAUUGGAUACCCGGCGACGAACAACGAAGAGGAAUACGAAGCUCUGAUUGCAGGCCUCCAACUUGCUCUUCGGCUUGAUGCAGAUUCGGUUCAUGUCUUUUGUGAUUCUCAGCUCAUUAUGGGUCACUUAAACGAUGAUUAUCAAGCCAAAGAUCAGCGUAUGAAUGCUUACGUAAGCCACGUAUUGGCCCUGUUCGGAAGAUUUGGCCGAGUGGAAGUAGAAUGGAUCGCUCGGGAGCACAACGCACAUGCUGACGCCCUGACAGGUCUUGCUUCUAUUUAUAGGACCUCGGGCGGUCGCAUCAUUACCUUUGACGAAGUCGCAGCCCCGAGCUUCGAACAGCCGUUUGAACCGGUGAUGGCAAUCUCCCUCUGUCAAAGUCAGCUGGAUCCAAUGAUUGAUUACUUAAAGAACCAGGUGUUACCACCGAACAAACGCGAAGCGUACAAACUCCGUUGCCGAGCGGCCAAUUUUUUCCUGGAUCCAAAUGACAACCUUUACCGACGAACUUUCACUGGACCCGAUCUACGUGUCGUCCACGACGACCUUGUGCCAGCCGUUUUGGAGGAACUCCAUUCGGGAAGCUGUGGGGCGCAUUCAGGAGGACGGUCCCUUGCACAGCGUGCGUUGACGCAAGGCUAUUGGUGGCCGAAGAUGGUGAAGCAAUCCGAAGAAUAUGUGAAGCAAUGUGUUCAGUGCCAAAAGCAAGUAUUUGAAUAUAUGCUCACGGCCACGGAUUUGUUCACUAAGUGGGUUGAAGCUUCCCCCUUAGUCAAGACCACGGCAGGCGACGUGGAGCGUUUUAUUUGGAAGCAUAUCAUCUCGCGGUUCGGCGUACCUUACGCUAUCCUUUCCGACAAUGGCUCCCAGUUUGUCGCAUCCGCCAUUAAAACUUUUUAUGCAAAGCGCCACAUCACGAUCCAUAAUUCUUCCGUGGCCUAUCCCCAGGGCAAUGGACAGGCCGAAGCUUCUAACAAGACGAUCACUCGGGGGCUUAAGCGCCGUUUGGACAGGAAACUCGACUUCGCUGAAGAACUACGUGACAAUGCUAACCUUCGGCACGCUGCAUAUCAGCAAGAGGUUGCAAGGGGCUACAACCGGAAUGUUCGCGCUUGUCCUUUUAACGUGGGGGACUUAGUCCUUCGGAUGGUUACCGAAGCAUCAAAGCUGACCAAGCUGAAGGACCCCUAUGAAAGACCUUACCGAGUAGUGGAGAAGAUCGGGCAUGGUGUCUACAAACUUGCUGAGAUGGAUGGAACGCCAAUCGCUAAUCCAUGGAAUGCUCAAAAACUUAGAAAAUUCCAUGGCUAG